CAAAACGAAACAUUUUCUCAUCUGUCAAUUCAGUCAAGCGGUUGCGUUCGUGGCGUAUGUUUGUACUUUGUCGUCGAGUUUAAUUUGUUAUCUUAUCAGAAACUCCGACGAGUCGUGUGUGUAUUAUAACAGUGUUACCGCCCACGCUUUUCCGCUUGUAAACAAAUCCCAAUAUGAGCGGUAAAAUGUAUUUCGGCGGUGUUGAAGGGGGUGCGACACAUUCAAACCUGGUGAUCUGUGACGAGAUGGGCAAGGUGGUAGGACAAGCGAAGGGACCCGGCACCAAUCACUGGGCUUUGGGUAUAGAAAAGUGCGCGACACGCAUCAUCGCUAUGCUCCAUGCUGCCAAACAAGAUGCAGGCAUACCUAUUGAUACGCCUUUGGAUUCACUCGGUCUGACGCUGUCUGGGUGCGAGCAGGACAGCAGCAACGCGGAGCUGGCUGCGCGUGUGUUAGAGGGAGACAAGUGUAGCGCUCGCAAGGUGUACGUCGCGUCAGACACCGCCGGCUCGCUCUUCACUGGGGCGCCCUCUGGUGGCAUGGUACUCAUUGCUGGGACUGGUUCCAACGCGUUGUUACGUACUCCUGAUGGAAAACAACAUGGAUGUGGGGGGUGGGGGUAUCUUUUAGGUGACGAAGGAGGAGCAUACUGGAUAGCAUACCGCGCGGUGAAGACAGUGUUUGACGAUGUGGACGGGCUGCGCGCCGCCCCGCACCCCACACACCGCGUCUGGGAACUCAUCCGGGAACACUUCAAUGCAGACUCCAGGGCAGAUCUACUGCCGCAUUCCUAUAAACAUUUCGACAAGUCACACUUCGCCGGUCUGACGGCGAAGGUGUCCCAGCUGGCGCGCGAGGGUGACCCGCUGAGCGCGCACCUGCUGGCGGCGGGCGGGGCGGCGCUGGGCGCGCACAUGGCCGCGCUGUGUGCGCGCGACGCCCCGCCCACCUGCACGCCCACCUCCCCGCCCACCUCCCCGCCCACCUGCCUGCGCGUCGUCUGCGUCGGCUCCGUGUGGCACAGCUGGCUCGCGCUCAGACCCGGCCUGCUCAACCAGCUCGCGCACAGGAAGGUAAAAACGGAACUGGAAUUAGUCCGUUUGCGUGUAUCGAGCGCGAUGGGCGCGGCGUGGCUUGCAGCUAAACACGUUGACUACGACCUGCCGAGAGAUGACUCCGCGUUCUGCGAAGUCUUCUACACCUACCGACCCUCCGAGAUGCUCAACGGUAACGUGAACGGUAACUCUAAAAUUAACGGCAAGAUCGAAAACGGUUACCAAGGAUGUGGAUCCGGUGUUAUAGGUUACGUGAGUAUAAAGGAGAAAGUAUCAGCUGCUAGUAUAGUGAAUGAUAGUUUAAAAGGUAGAAGAGAGAAAUAUAACUUUAUAGCGGACGUUGUAGCUGUUUCUGCUCCAUCUGUUGUGUAUAUAGAGAUCAAAGAUGGGAGAAGACUGGACUUAUAUACCGGCAAUCCGAUAACACUGUCCAAUGGUUCAGGAUUUGUGGUGAAGGAAGAUGGGUUGAUACUUACGAAUGCUCAUGUCGUUGUCAACAAGCCUAACGCGAUAGUAGAAGUAAAAUUACUCGAUGGUUCAACACACAAGGGUAUUGUUGAAGAUGUAGAUUUAAAGUCAGAUUUAGCAACACUCCGCAUCCCAGUCAAAAAUCUGCCCACAAUGAAGCUUGGCUCUUCAGCUGAUAUUAGACCAGGAGAAUGGGUAGUGGCUAUGGGUAGUCCUUUAGCUUUAAGUAACACAGUCACAGCCGGGGUAGUCAGUUCUGCACAGAGAGCUAGUGAGGAGCUUGGAUUGAGAGGUAAAGACAUGGUAUACAUACAGACAGACGCACCAAUCACAUUUGGCAACAGUGGAGGACCACUAGUCAACUUGGACGGAGAGGCAAUCGGAGUGAACAGUAUGAAAGUGAUGUCGGGGAUAUCAUUUGCUAUACCUAUUGACUAUGUUAAGGACUUUCUAGCUAAGAGUCGCAGCAAGUCCCCACCGGUGUCGAAGCGGUACCUCGGCAUUACAAUGCUCUCCCUCACUCCACACAUACUGAUCGAGUUGAGGAUGAGAAAUCCAGAGAUGCCAUCAGACAUCAAACAUGGUAUCCUGGUGUGGAAGGUUAUCAUUGGUUCUCCGGCAUACAAUGGGGGAUUACAGCCUGGAGAUAUAAUAACAAAUAUCAACGGGAAACCAGUCUACAGCGCGACAGACAUCUACUCUCUACUGGAGAGUACUCACGGCCGGCUCGAGCUGGAGGUGGUGCGAGGACACAAGAAGAUGUCCCUCACUGUCACACCCGAGAUACACUGACUGCACACUUCAAUAAGUCACCGGCAAAUUGUGAACAUCGACAGUUUGUAAAUCGCCUAAACAAAUCUUAGACUAAACUAAAGUACAUCGCAUGGAGACUAUAUUUCUAUUUAUGGAAUGUUUACAAUUUGCCUAGGUAAAUAACAAACCGGUUAAAUUGACUAUCUGUUUAUAAUAUCAUAGCAUAAUGAAAUAAAGAGUGAU